ACAUGGCUAGACUGGGCACAGGGCCGAGCUGAGAGGCUUUCUCUGCGAGCUCUUAAUCACUCCACAGACUUUUUUUCAACAUAUUAAAACACAGUUUAUGUUCUCCUUUGCACGUUGAAGUGCUACAUGGAUGCCUCUUCGCCGUCCCCGGGGAGCUGCAGCUGAAGAAGGGGCUUACUGGACGAUUACCCCGCCAUGGAAUGUUGUAGAUUUGCGUACAGGAUCUUAGGAAGUUUUUCUUCCCCCUCUCGGCUUUGGGGCUGCUGGUCUGGAUCCGAGGAGCGCCUGCGCUUCUUUGAAUUCCCUCAGAGACUGGUAACGUCAAACUGGGAGGACUGUGGCUCUGGUAGUGAUCUAAGAGACAAACAGCCACCUCUGGCCAUUUAAACGCACAUUUAAAAAAAUAUACAUAUUUUUUUGCACCUACACUCAUCCAGACGAAAGGAAUUCAGGAUGCGGCGUUUUGACAAGCUGAAAAAGUCAUUCCCCUUCCUGGCACACUUUCACGUAUAUCGAAAACUGGGCAGUAGCAUGCAGUGUGAGGAGGGCACAGAAUGGCUGCUAGAGCUGCUGAUGGAGGUGCAGCUGCAGCAGUACUUCCUGCGGAUUCGAGAUGACCUUAACGUCACGCGGCUGUCACACUUCGACUACGUCAAGAAUGAAGACCUGGAGAAGAUUGGCAUGGGUCGACCUGGACAGAGACGACUGUGGGAGGCUGUGAAAAGGAGGAAAGCUAUGUGCAAGCGCAAGUCCUGGAUGAGCAAGGUGUUCAGCGGUAAGCGUCCAGACGGAGGAGACUUCCCCCAGCAGGGCCAGCCGGCCUCCUCCUUUCGUAAGCUGUCUCCCACACCUCCACUGGGCCUGGGGGAGGGAGUCCUGUCCACACAGCCCGGUGGUGGUGCUCCUCUCGACGGGCAGCAGCAGGCUCUGACGUGCCUCAUCCCAGAGAAGGACCUGACGCUGUUUGAGAAGCUGGGGGACGGCUCCUUUGGUGUAGUGAAGAGAGGAGAGUGGCUGACGCCUGCUGGGAAGGUGCUGAACGUAGCUGUGAAGUGUCUGAAGACAGAUGUGCUCAGCCAGCCCGACGCUCUGGAGGACUUCAUCUGUGAGGUCAACGCCAUGCACUCCCUGGACCACCAGAACCUCAUUCGCCUCUACGGUGUGGUGCUCACACACCCAAUGAAGAUGGUGACCGAGCUGGCUCCUCUGGGUUCUCUGCUGGAGCGUCUGCGUUGUGUUCGUCCACAGGGCCCCGUGUUGAUCCACACUCUGUGUCAGUAUGCCGUACAGGUGGCCUGUGGCAUGGCCUAUCUGGAGCAGAGGAGGUUCAUCCACAGGGACCUGGCAGCCAGGAACAUCCUGCUGGCCUCGGCUCACAGAGUGAAGAUCGGUGACUUCGGCCUGAUGAGGGCGCUGCCCAACAACCACGAGCACUACGUCAUGCAGGAGCAUCGAAAGGUCCCAUUUGCAUGGUGCGCUCCGGAGAGUCUGAAGACCAGAACGUUCUCUCACGCUACGGACACGUGGAUGUUUGGAGUCACUCUCUGGGAGAUGUUCACACAUGGCCAGGAGCCGUGGCUGGGCCUCAACGGGAGCCAGAUCCUACAUAAGAUUGAUAAAGAAGGUGAACGCCUCCCGAAGCCUGAAGACUGUCCGCAGGACAUCUAUAAUGUGGUGCUGCAGUGCUGGGCUCAGAAACCAGACGACAGACCGACUUUUGUCGCCCUGCGAGAGUUCCUGCUGGAGACCAUGCCCACAGACAUGUGCGCUCUGCAGGACUUUGACGAGCCCGACAAACUCCAAAUCCAGGUCAAUGAUGUCAUCACCAUCAUAGAGGGGAGGGCAGAGAACUACUGGUGGCGAGGUCAAAACAAGCGCACCUUGAAGGUCGGCCCGUUCCCCAGAAACGUGGUGACAUCAGUAGCGGGUUUGUCGGCUCAUGACAUCAGUCGGCCGCUCAAAAACAGCUUCAUCCACACAGGACACGGAGACAGCAACCCUCAUCGCUGCUGGGGCUUCCCUGACAGGAUCGACGAUUUGUACCUCGGUAAUCCCAUGGACCCUCCUGAUGUCCUGAGUGUGGACCUCAGCGGUGCUCGGCCUACACAGCUACCGGGACGAGCUAGAAAGCCUUGCUAUGAUCCCGUAAACGACGACGAGGAUUUGACUUCCACAGGAUUAAAGAGAUUAUCGCUUCGGAAAACGGGUUCUGUCAAAGGCUUGAAACUGAAACCUGCUGCGUGGGUCUCUGCCUCCAAACAGAGCGCUGGCCGGACUUCAGGGUCAGGCCACAACCCCAACAGCGAAGUGUCCCUCAUUGACUUUGGGGAGGAGUUCCCUCCGCCCACACCGUCCCUCCCUGUGGUCGAAAUCCAGAUUCCCUCGCUGGCAAAGCUGGCGCUGGAAGCAGAGAACAUCCUGGACCGGACUCCGCCUCAGAGUCCGUCUAGAUCGCUGCCCCGCCCCCUUCACCCGACACCAGUGGUGGACUGGGACGCCCGGCCGUUACCUCCGCCCCCGGCCUAUGACGAUGUAGCUCAAGACGAAGACGAUAUGGAGGUGAGCUCCAUCAACAGCUCGGAGCAGCAGCACGAAGAGGAGCAGAGUGAUGUCCAAAACCCAGACGAGGCUCUCGUCUCUGGACAGAGGGUGGAGGGUGAGGCAUUCGUUUCCAGGGGGACGGACAGAUCAGGCUUUGAGGACAACCUCUUUCUCCCCAGCAAGCAGGGCCAGUCUCUGUCCACCUCCUUCUCCCAGUCAGCGGAGAUCUUCCAGGAGCUCCAGCAGGAGUGCAUGAGGAGGCUCAAUGUACCGACUGGAAGUGCUGCACAGUCAAACUCGCCGUCUCAGAGCUCAGUGUCGUGUCCUCAGACUCCACAGACUCAUGAGGCUCAGAGUGUCUUCUCCUCCACUGAGGACAGACCCCAGAUCCCCCCUCGUGUCCCCAUUCCCCCUCGCCCCAUAAAGAGAGGCGACUACACAUCUGCCCGCUGGUCAAGGGAUCUCUCGCUGUCGCCGACGCCGGCUGACACCACGGAGGACAUUUCAGUUCCAGGACAGGAGCGACCACCUCAAAUCCCCCCCAGGGACCCUUUGUCCCAGCCAGGAUCCAGGACUCCCAGCCCCAUGGCGCUGGUGGUGGGCUCCCCCCAGCAGAGAGUCUACUCCGUCAGCCCCUCCGCCAUGCAGGCGCCCCUCACCUCCUGCCCCGCCACACACACCUACGGCUCCUACCUCUCCACCUCUCCAGGUAAACUCAUGCCGACCACACACAGCUUCGCCUCAGAUCCUAAAUAUGCUGCACCCAAAGUCAUCCAGGCGCAGGGGAAGGACGCCGCCAGCAAGGGCCCCUGUAUCCUCCCCAUCGUCCGCGACGGACGUAAAGUCAGUAACACCCACUAUUACCUUCUGCCAGAGAGGCCCCCGUACCUCGACCGCUACGACCGCUUCUUCAGGGAGGCGGAGAGCCUUCCUGCCGGUGGCGUGGACGAGAGGCCUUUACGGCAAGCUAACACCGCCACCGUCAGACCCAUGGUGGUCAGCAGCCAGACUCUCCAGGGACACACCCAGGGACAGGGUCUCGUCCAGCCUGGAGAGCUGAAGGCUAAUUUCUCCUCCAACAAUAACAGCAGUCUGGGUGGGCCGCGGUCAGGGAUGAAGACAUCAGUUAGUCUCCCUCGCGUGUGUUCAGACGGGCUGACGGCGGCGGCGGUCACUGCUUCCUGCAUCAGGACAGACGGAGGAGGGAGCUCAGCUGACAGGGUCAAAAUGGUGCAGGAGGCAGUUCACGGUGUCACAAUAGAGGAGUGCCAGGCCGCCCUUCAGAACCACAACUGGAAUGUCCAGAAAGCUGUUUAUUAUCUGAAGGUGGAGCAGUUGUUCUGUUUGGGUCUGAGGAGCAGGUCAGAGUGUCUAAAGCUGCUGGAGAUGUGUGACUGGAACCUGGAGGUGGCCAGCACUCAGAUGUUAGACAACUAUGGAUCCACAACAAGACAGAGACGGUGACAGAAGUCUGAAGCUGCUGAGCUCUUCGUGGAACUUCAUACUCAGUAAAACGUCAUCAGAGGAGGUGAAUCUGCUCCCGACCUUUCACACACACGCCUCAAACACGCCUCCAAUCAAAAGACUGUUAUUUAACCAUAGAAGAACCAAGCACAUUUUAACUGAACCGGCACAAAAUCCCAAACUUUAUCAUAAACCCCACUCAUAAUUAACACGGUCCUGUCAGCAAAAAAUAUUUUGACUGUAAGUUGUUUUUGCACGCAUUAAGACAUAGCAGACUGUCAUAUAACACCUUUUCUAAGUUGUUCAGAGACCAAAAAAAAGACACAAUGCCUGAAAUGUGUCACUUUAGCAGGUUCUCUACAGAGCCACAGGGUCUGGGUGCUACCAUACUGUCUCCGAUGGAUUAACUUAUAUCCUCACUGCCACAAUUACACUGUUUACCAACUGCAGAGAGAAUCUUUAACCUGAACCUUUGUUAACGUUAUUUAAAAAAGCCAGUUUCAAAGUGAGUCUGAAGAGGCAAAAAUAAGUUAAAUAGCACAGUAUAAACAAUACGUUUAUACUUUACCACGAGGGUCAACGUAUUUUGUUAGUUUAUGCCAACAACGUAAAUACUGUAGCACGCACAGAUUUCACAUCUACCACAUAAAAGCACAACAAAACACAAAAGUAGGAUGCACCGAUUGUGAAAAUCUGAGCCAAUACCGAUGUUUUUGUUGUUAUUUAUUCUUCCAUUUGUGCCAAGGAAACAUCUACGCUCCAAAAAAACUAUUUAAGACGCACUCAGCUACUCAUUACACUUUUUGAACAAGCUCGAAUUUAUUUUUACAGAUUUAUUACACAACCUUUGAUAUAACCUUUCCUGUGAAUUUUUUUUAAUAAUUUAAAGUCUUUACUAUAUAUAAUAUAAUAUAAAUCAAUCUCUAAUGUCUAUUUUAUAUUGUUAACAGAUUCUUCCUCCAAACAGCUGUAUUUAUUCAGGUUUCUCGCCCUAGAAAACGAACAUUCACAAGCUUACGUUUGUACACAUCGUGAAAACAUAAUAUACCUUCGCCCAAAACUUAUUUUUACUGAAUGAAGCUUGAACGCAUCACAGUGUAACUCAGUGUAACCCUAACAGCUGUUAAUUUCAGCUACCGGGUGUUUACAGCUAAUGUUAACUAGCUCUCCUGCCGAUUUCAUAUGUUUUUCAUAUUGUAGCAUUAUCAGGAAAUGAAUAAGAUUUCAUAGUCUUACUGCGCCCUUUUUCGUCCUGACAUUGUCCCGGAAAAGAUCUCUUUGUUUUAAACAUGUUUGCUAUUGUUAUUAUUAAAAAACACCGGCCACUGUCGUUAGGUAAAUGCAAUCUUCUCGGCAGACAGUCCAAUGUUUGAACGUCCGUAUCAGCCUGGAUUCGCUUUGUUGACCAACAGUAAAUUGGUGCAUCCCUACACAAAGCUAAUACCUAAUUGGCUGUCCAGGCCGUUUUGCACAGGAGACAAUUUGGCCCUUUAACAGUCAUAAAGACAAAUGUGGAUAUGAUGAUGAAAAUUGUUUGCUGCUGAAAAACUGUGGAGUCGAGGAAAAGCAUGCAAAAAAUAAUGUUGCAAAAGAAACACUUCUCUACAAGAAAAAAAAACAAUCAUAUUCUCCAUUUAUGUAAUA